AUGGGCUUUUCAUUCUCUCGCGCGCCAGCCGUCAAGAACGUGGUCGUCCUGGGGGGAUCCUAUGGCGGUCUGCGUGCUGCACGACUGCUUGCUGAGCAGCUCGAAGGCAUGCCCAACUACCGGGUCAUCGUCAUUGAGAGAAAUUCGCAUAUGAACCAUCUCUAUGCCCUUCCUCGCUUCUCGGUCUUACCCGGUCAUGAAUACAAAGCCUUUAUCCCAUACAUUCAUGUGUUCACUGGACAACAGUCUCGUCAUCUAAUUGUCCAGGCAAAUGUCAUCUCGAUGACGAAUCAUUCGGUGACAAUUGCUCCAAUAGGUGGCCAAGUCGACCGCCGCGACGACAUCCUCAGUUCACUAGGAUGUGUCGCCACGGCCGACGUCCAAACAAUUCCUUUCGAGUAUUGCAUUUAUGCACUGGGAGCGUCCCUCCCUGACCCUAUAAACGUCUGGAAGCCAUGGAAGGACGUUGAUGCCGUCCAAGGUGCUCAUAAAGCGGAUACUUCUGGAAGCAUGUCAAGGAUCCCGCUUCCACUUGGUUCAAAGAUUUCGGCUGUCCGAUGGCUCCAACAUGCACAGCAGCAGAUAUCUGCGCUGAAGAGUCUGAUUAUUGUUGGCGGUGGUGCACUGGGUAUACAACUUACUUCGGACAUUGCAGAGUUAUACCCAGGUCACUCGGUCACACUGAUUCACUCUAGAGAGCAACUUAUGCCACUAUACGACGUCGAGGUGCAUGAAGAGUGCCUCCGACGAUUAAAAGAACUCAACGUCCAGGUGAUUCUCAACGACCGUUUGGAUCUGGAUUCGGUCAAACAUCCACAUAACGAUGAAAAGGGGCGACAUGUCGUGAAGACGCUCAAAGGACAUGUCUUUGCUGCCGACGCGAUUCUUCUCUGCACUGGCACAGUCGCCAAUACUCGCUUUAUUGUUGAUGGGCUUGGUCAGGAUGUGGUCAACCAACAAAACGGUCUCAUACGCGUCUUGCCGUCUCUUCAGGUCACCCGUCAGCCGUCAACGGCUCAUUUAGGCACCAAUUCGAGCGCAACACUUGCCGGUGAUAUGUCCUUUGGAAAUAUCUUCGCUGUCGGAGAUGGCGAAGUCGCCGCCCGCAAUAUUUUCAAGCUGAUCAAAGACGGGCCGUCAGCGACGCUCGAAGACUAUGUACAUGGUCCCCCAGCUAUCAAAGUUUCUCUCGGACGAAGGCAUUACGUUGUGCAGGAAGGCGAGAAGGUAUACGCCAAGGACGACGGAGUCGACGAUUUACAUGUCGGUGUCAUGUGGACAUCGCUCGGGUUCACGGGCGAAUUUGAUAUGCAUCAAUGA